AUGUGUCCGAUCGGCCAGGCUGAAGUGUCUGUAGUAUACAAAGGGUGUAAGCGUACUCUCGAAUUGUUUGUAGUGCCUGGUAAGAAUGAACCGAUUAUGGGACUGGAGUGGGCUUGGGCUCUCGGUGUAUUAAAAGAAAACCUUGACGGUGCAAUUUUUAUUAACAAAAUCGACGAAGCGUCUCUGAAGCAUGAUUUUGGUAGUGUAUUCGUGAAUGAGUUAGGGCUGUACAAUAGAAGGGAAUUCAACGUAGUGUUAAAGUCAGGCGCUGUGCCAGUAUUUCGUAAGCCAAGGUCAGUGCCUUAUGCAAUUAAGGGUAAGGUCGAAGCCGAACUAGAUAGGCUAGUGAAAGAGGGUAUACUUGUUCCGGUAGAGUGUAGCGAAUGGGCAACCCCCAUCGCAACGUUAUUUAAAAAGAAUGGACAAGUACGGCUGCGUGGUGACCUCAAAGUGACGCUAAAUCCGGUAACGAAAGUAGAUAGAUAUCCGAUUCCGCGCGUUCAGGACGUUUUAGCAGCGUUGAAAGGGCACGCCGUGGAGUAG